UUUCUAAGCUGGGUGGUACGAACCACUAUAGGUAGUUAAGGAAUAGCAAACUGGUAGUUCCAUUCCAAUUCAUUUAUAUGAGCUAUAAGUUGGGCGGGCUGUAUCAUAUAAAAAAACACCGAGCAUUUCCUGUGUGUGGAAUUUGGAUAUGCCAUUGCCGCGAAUACCUGGAUUUAUUCUUAUUACCAAAAUUGGAAGUGGAACUUUUUCUGAAGUCUACAAAGCAUACCGAUUUGUGCAAACAAGUUGUCGCUGUUAAAUGCAUAGUCAAGAAUGAGCUAUCUGCAAAUACGGUGGAUAAUAUUAUACAUGAAAUUGAAGCUUUAAAACUUUUAAGACAUCCUCACAUCAUUCAAAUGAUAGAUUUCAGCUGGGAUGAAAAUUUCAUCUACAUAAUCAUGGAAUACUGUGAAGGUGGGGAUCUUUCUGUUUUUGUUAGAAGUCAUAAACAGUUACAAGAGAAGAUAUGCAAAUCGUUUCUAUGCCAGCUAGCGUCUGCUCUGCAAUACCUGCGGCAGCAUAACAUUGUCCACAUGGAUCUUAAACCCAGUAAUUUGUUAUUAACUUCUCGAAGGAAUCCUAUUUUAAAAUUGGCUGAUUUUGGUUUAGCACAGUCGCUUAAAAACCGACAAAGAGAAACAUCUUUUAGAGGAUCUCCGUUAUAUAUGGCCCCAGAGAUUCUCCGACGAGAAAGCUAUGAUGCCUCUGUCGAUCUAUGGUCAACCGGUGUAAUUCUGUACGAAUGCUUAUUUGGUAAACCUCCAUGCUCGUCCAGCAGCUUGAAAGAAUUAGUGGAAAACAUUCAAAGCAAAGCUGCCAUAACUAUACCAACUACCAAAGACAUCUCAGCGGACUGCAGGGACCUCCUAGAACGUUUAUUGCAAAAGGAUCCAAAUAAACGAAUGACAUAUGAAGAAUUUUUUAAUCAUCCCUUCGUGAGAGCGUCCGUUGCGUCAUGUAACGUAGCCGAAACGGAAGCCAAGUUAGUUUUUGAGCGAGCUCAGAAUAUGGACAAGUGGAACCGAAGAGGCGAAGCUGUCACUCUCUACCGUCAAGCGCAAACACUCCUAAAUCGUUUGAUUUCAGCUGAUGUUGCUACUGUACGGGACGCCCAAAUUAGAAAAAGACUUGAUGUAUGUUCACGUCGAAUUCAAGAAAUCGAAAGCUCAGAAAAUGUCCUAAAACAGAAUACUCUCUCCGCUGAAGCACCGCUAUCUCGCGAUUGGCGUGCAAAUAUGUCACCAACAUUCCAAGAACUUCAAUCCCUUUCGUCCACUACUCCAGAUUUAUUGUCGGCACUUGAAAUUGGAUUGGAAGGAGUUCAAUACGACGGCGAGGGGCAGCACGCGGUUGCAUUAGAGCGCUACAAAGCGGCGCUGGAGAAACUGAUUCCUCUGCUUCGAAGCGAAUCCAAGGGGCGUAGGAGAGAAUUGCUUCGUCUUCAGAUCACUUUAUGGAUGGAUAGAGCUGAACAACUGCAGACAUUCCAUGAUCUCCAUCAGUCAAAUGUCGAAGAGCUUCAGAGCGGAGAUGCAAGUGGAUAUUGCAGUUUACAAUAGGAAAUCAACAUCAUGUGAGUGGAGGAGUAUUUUUGAAAACUUGCGCUGUGAUUGCUAAAACAGUUCUUUGCCAUUCGAAUACACAAAAAUAGAAAGUAGUCCCAA